CACUACACACUGUGUAAUUUAUAAACACUGGAAGUUGAUUUGGCUCAUGGUCCUGUGUGAGACCAGAUCUGAUGAAGGCCUUCUUGCUGUGUCAUAACAUGACAACAAAUAGAAGGGCAAAAGAGCACAAAGGAACUUGUGAGAGACAGCAAGAGGCCUGCUCCACUCUUUAAAAAAGAUUUAUUAAUUUAUUUUAAAGGCAGAGGGACAGAGAAAGAGCUUUCAUCUCCUGGUUCACUGCCAAAAUGGCCACAACAGCAAGGUGUGGGCCACACUAAAUCCUGGAGCCAAGAACUCCAUUCUGAUUCUCCAUGUGGUUGGCAGGGGACCAAGUACUUCAGCCAUGAUCUGAUGACUUCUCAGGCGCAAGGAGUUGGAGUGAAAGUGAAGCAGCUGUGACUCAAACCACCACUCCAAAUAUGGAAUGUCAGCAUCACAAGCAAAACAGCAAGGAGAUGCCAGCCAGGAAAGGUGGCAAAAUCAGUGGGACAUCUGAUCCUGGCAUUUCAGCCUCCCCAACUUUAAGGGACAGCUCGCCCCCUGUGGUUGACAACCAAAUUGAGAAGAUCACAUUGCUGGAAGGUGUCGAUCAUGAAAUGCUGAUCCAUGGCCCUGUGACUUUAAAAUCUGGUUUGAGGAAAAAGAAGCAUUUGGCAUAUUUGUAUGGCUUGGUUUUACUAAUAUCGGAUUCCAGGUGUAAGAAGUCUUUCGACAUAAAAUACAGAAUACCAGUGAACCACCUGUGGAUAGCUGAAUGUGGAAAUGAUACACACAGAAAAGGCAAACCCUGUUUAGUAAACAGAUCAUUCCUUCUGGGAUGGCCAAUGUCAAAUUUUGUGGCCACUUUCCCAUCUUCAGCAAUAAAAGAACAGUGGUAUUCAUUACUUGAAAGGCAAAUAAAUUUAGCCAAAGAAGAGAACUACGUGCAUAGCAUCCUUACUGAAAUCAACAUUGAGGCUAUGAACAGAAGUGCUUGUUCUAUAAUUGUGACAGUAACCAAUUUAGACACAGCAAAUGAUGUCAUCAAUCUAUCACUACCAGUACUAGGAUUAACUGGCUCUGAGCAAAACUACCAGCUCCUGGUCAACUCUGCAAAUGAAGAGGCUCCACAGCCUCUUAUUGGUCAUGAAAAUAUAUACAUGAUUCAAACAACCUACCUUCGAGCUGCACACCCAUCACCUGCAUCUGAGAAUUCUACCAUUCUUCCCAGCUUCCAAGAAUCUGUCUUGGAAGAGUUGUACUCAGAUGUACGUGGCUGCUUCAUUCUGAAACCCAGGUGCCAGGCCACAGGCCAGUGCAAGAGUGGUGGGUGCAUAACCCGACUGUUCAGGCGGAACAAGAGCAAAAGCCGGGAUGAUCUGACCAAGGGACACUCUUCAGCAGCUCCUUUGCCAGUCCAGUUCCGUAAAGCCUCCCUCAUGGCACUGUCUAGGAAGGAAAAACUGACUAGCCCACUUUCAGAUUUACUUUACCUUAUCAUUGACAAAGGACCACAGGCAGAGGAAAUAUUCAGAAAACCAGGCAGCGUAGCAUCUUAUUCAGCCCUGAAGCAAAAAAUAAGUUCCAGAGGUACAGUUGACUGGAGCAAUGAAUCUGCUCUUGUGGCAGCCACUGUAUUACAGGAUUUUCUUCGAAGCCUGCCAGGAACUAUAUUUUCAGCCAAGCUGUAUGACCAGUGGCUUGAUGUAUUGGAGAAAGAGGACGAGAAUAAAGUACCUGCGAUUCAGAGGCUCUUAGCCCAGCUGCCGAAAGCCAAUUUUAUUAUCCUGAAGUGCCUGUUUGGGUCCCUAAACAAAAUUGUUCAACAGUCUACAUUCAAACUUAUGACUACCUCAGACUUAUCAUUGUGUCUUGCCCCAAGCAUUCUUUCCCUCUGGCAUGCAACUUCCAGAAGCUCAGAGGUAGCAGAUGAAUUAAGGAAGAAGAUUUCACUCACAUACUUUCUAAUAGAAAACUGUGCUGAGAUAUUUAAGGAUGCCACCAAUUCAGUCUUGCGGAAGAGCGCCUUGAUUUUCUGCAACAAUACUGGGGAGAAUGCCAUGAAUUGCAAUACUGUCUCAGAGGAAAGAGACACCAUUGUGGAUACUGAGGAGAUGCAAUCUCUUGAUUGCCAACCCAUGGACAUGACGCCGAUUAAAACAAGUGAAGAGCUGAAGGGUGACGCUGAGCCCACCUUUGAUAUGGGCCCACCCAGCUCUGUGUCAGAGAUUUUACUUGAUAAACUGGUACCGCUUAGGACGUCCACCCCUAUUUCAAGCAUAGAUACUGAUUACACAGAUCACCUAGAGGAAGACCUCAGAUCCAUGACUGAGGAAUUGCAGACACCUCUGGAGCCCUGCUCAAGAAUGGAGACUGAUGAGGAGGCACAAGUUGGGGAAGGUGACAAGGCCACGCAUGAUACUGAGGAGAUGCAAUCUCUUGAUUGCCAACCCAUGGACAUGACGCCGAUUAAAACAAGUGAAGAGCUGAAGGGCCACGCUGAGCCCAGCUUUGAUAUGGGCCCACCCAGCUCUGUGUCAGAAAUUUUACUUGAUAAACUGGUACCGCUUAGGACGUCCACCCCUAUUUCAAGCAUAGAUACUGAUUACACAGAUCACCUAGAGGAAGACCUCAGAUCCAUGACUGAGGAAUUGCAGACACCUCUGGAGCCCUGCUCAAGAAUGGAGACUGAUGAGGAGGCACAAGUUGGGGAAGGUGACAAGGCCACGCAUGAUCCCCACCUGAAACCUACUCAAAGCGAACAUUCUUUAAGGAAGUGGCUGAAUCAAUGGGGCUCUCAUAGAAGCAGGGACAGCUCACUGGGAGAGCCUACUCAGCUAUUUGGGUCUCUGAUCCAAGAUGUUUGCAAGAAUGACAAUUUGCCCGCACCUCUCUUGGAUAUGCUUUCCAUAAUUGAUCACAAAUGUCUGUGCACACUGGGCAUAUUUAGAAAACAUGGCAAUCAGAAAUCAUGUAGAGCACUGCAGAGGAAAUUGAAUUUGGGACGCCAGGUGAAUUGGAAGAGGCAGUCUGCUCUGGUGGUUGCAACGACCUUUAUGAAUUUUCUACAAAACAUUCCUGGAAGUCUUCUUACGGACCAUCUUUAUGAUAACUGGCUUCAUGUUUUGGAUGAAGGAAAUGAGCAAACUCAAAUAGCAGCAUUUCAAAGGCUUUUCAAACUACUUCCAACACCCAAUGCAAAUAUCUUACAAUCCAUGUUUGGCUCCUUAUUCAAUAUAUCCCUGAAUUCAACAUCUUUUCAUGAAACAACUUCUGAACUGUCCAUGUAUGUAGCUGUAAGCCUGCUUUGGCCAUGUAUUUCUGACAUUUCAGAACGCAAAACAGAAUGGCAAAGAAAGGUUGCCCUUGUUAAAUUCCUGAUUGAGAAUUUCAUGAGGAUUUUUAGGAAUGACACCUUCACCUCUGUUGAAGAAAUCACAAUAGAUCCAAAGAGCAACCCUGCAACUGCAGAUGGUAACAUGAAGUCAACUCAAAUAAUACAUUCAAUAAGAAAGUGGCUGAAUAAGUGGUGCCUUUGUGGAAGCAAGGAUUUACAGCCCGGAGAGCCUAUCCCGAGCACAUCUCAGUCAGUUCACCUAUUUGGGUCUCUCAUCCAAGAUGUUUGUAAAGAUGAUAACCUGCCCAAAUCUCUAUUGGAUAUGAUACUUUUAAUUGAACAACAAGGUCCAUUUACAAAGGACAUUUUCAAAAAAAGUGGCAAUGAGAAAUCAUGCAGAGCCCUAAAGUACAAACUAAACUAUGGAUGCCAGGUGAACUGGGAGAGUGAGUCUGCUAUUGAUGUUGCAGCUACAUUAAAGGACUUCUUAGAAAGUAUCCCAUCCAGUCUAUUUACGUGCUACCUGUAUAAUGAGUGGCUUCAAGUUCCAGAUAAAGGAAAUGAGGAGACUCAAAUAGCAGCGAUUCAAAGACUUUUAGGUGAGCUGCCAAAAUCGAACUUUAAACUCCUGCAUUCCCUAUUUGGAGUCUUAGAGAAGAUUGCAAAGAAAUCAUCUUUGAAUAAUAUGACAGCUUCAAAAUUGUCAUCUUGUAUAGCUCCAAGUCUUUUUUGGCUACGUGGUUCCACAAUCUCAGAAAGAAUAAAGGAAAGAAGGAGAAAGGUUGCCAUUGUACAAUUUCUAAUUGAACAUUUCUCCAGCAUUUUUGGGGAAGACAUGACCUCCCCCAUGUUAGAAAAUGCAAUAAAUCAGGACAACUGCUCAGAAACAUCAGAACAAAUGCAUAAAUCUGAUGCAUCCAUGUCCAAAAGUUAUGAUAACUAGCAAGAAGGCAACAUUGACAGAUGAUCUCAAGACCAUACCUGCCACCAGCUCCGCCAACUGUUCUUUCAUUUUCUGAAUUCCUGAAUUUUGACAUUUACAGAUGCAUAUGACCUUUAUCCCAUAUCUCCUUGCACAUUGGGCUAGGAGAUAUAUUGACAAAUGUUCACAAUAUUUUUCUAAAUUUGGAUAAAAUAUUUACCUUCUAGUUAAGAAUAAUGGAAUAUACUAGUAAUAGAAUGGAUAAGAAGAACCUUAAACUAAGACUACCUCCAGAAAAGUCACAUCUUUGGCAAAAGAAAGUGAACAAGAUCUGAUUUUCUUAACCAUACUUUUUCAUUGGUCCAAUAUAUCUAGUUUAAACACCCUGAAGAUCCUUUUUUUAAAUACCAUGGAAAUUGUUUUGAUGACUUUCAAUAUACC